AAGUAAGGUAACAGGUUGUAGUCCAAGUGUAGUCCUUUACACGGAUGGGCAGGAGUCUGUGUUGCCCCGCCCCUAUCUGUUUAUUUCCUGCGUAGUCAGCUUUAAGAGUUCAACUUGAACUUCCUAAAUAUGGUAAACGCUCCAAGUUUGCACUAUUCUUGGGAAACGGUUUUCGUUCAGCUGUAUGGCCGUAAACUUAUUUACUCAUGUGUUCGGGGAGUAAAAACUCAACCAUGUCAUGUGAGAAACAGACAAAAACACUCGUUUAUGGCUCAUCUGUGUUUAAAGGGAAAAAGUUAAACAUGGCGUUUGGUCUGUGAAAGUGAGCAGGAGGAGUGUGGGGCUGACUUGUGACUAUGGCUGAACCUACGAAGAAACUGAAAAAACCUGAUGUGAAAAUUGUCAUGCUGGGUGACAUGAAUGUGGGCAAAACAUCACUGCUCCACAGGUACACCGAGAGGAAAUUCAAGGACACAGUGAGCACAGUUGGAGGGGCCUUCUUUCUCAGGCAGUGGGGGCCCUAUAAUAUCUCCAUAUGGGACACUGCAGGUCGCGAGCAGUUCCAUGGCCUUGGUUCUAUGUACUGUCGUGGUGCAGCUGCAGUCAUCCUCACCUAUGAUACAACCAGUUGGCAAAGCUAUGUAGAGCUGGAGGACCGCUUCCUAUCUCUAACUGACACCGCCAAUGCUGACUGCAUCUUUGCCAUAGUAGGCAACAAAGCUGACCUGACUGACUCGCAUGCCCAGGCUUCAAAUCCAGACGGAGAGGAGGGGACCGAGCCUGCACGCUUGUCUCAUUCUUCCUUCUCUCUUCAGCGCAAACAGGUGAACAGAGAAGAUGCCAUGGCUCUGUAUGGACGUGUGCUGCAUUACAAAGGGCUGGACGAGAAGGCCUGUCUGCCCGCUGAAAGCAUGUGCUUUGAGACCAGUGCUAAAACUGGCUACAAUGUGGAUUUUUUGUUUGAAACAGUAUUUGACUUGGUGGUCCCCUCAAUCCUGAAGAAGCGGAAUGAGGCUGACAGCUCCACUGUUGACCUGGAAGCACCCAGCACAGGCAAGAAUACUAAAGCUGGCUGCUGUGCCUAGGAGGAGGGUCAAGACCAGGAAUGCAGAUUUACUUCUGAAUACAAUGAAGGAACAGAAGGUUGUUUACAUUUCAUGGAAAACUCUGGUAACCCUUUCUGUUAGAAAGGAAGACCAAAUUUUUCUAAUUAGAGUAAUUUGUAAUGGUCAGUGUUGAAAAUUAUGAUUCAGUAUCAAAUAAAUGAGUAUUCAAGACAGAAUGAAGGUCACAGCAUUUAAGCUGUUCAUCAGUAUUUUUCAUUUGCCCUGCUGUGUUUGACUUAAUUUUAUGUGAUGCGCUGUGAUUCUUGGUGAUUCCACUUGCCACUUUUUUUUUUUUUUAAAUGAAAAUAUCUUGUAACAAAGGUCCAAAAAUAUAAAGUAUAAAUUUUAUUCAUCAGAAAAAUAAAUGGUACACAUGAUCACAA